UGCAUGAAAGGCCUUGUGCUGAACAACUUGGGAAAGAAAGAAGAAGCCCACGCACUCGUCAAAACAGGGUUGAUGCAAGACAUGAGGUGAGAUCAUUGAUCAUCAUUAGCCUGCAGAAUCAUCAAUUUCUACUGUGGCAUUUAUUGAAUGCGCCCUCGACUCUGACUUCUUUCUAUUCAUCGUACGCUUGGGAUUUAUUGGUGUGUUGUCGGUUUGAAGAUCCCACGUUUGCUGGCACGUUUUCGGUCUCUUGCACAGAGGCGACAGAAAUUACAACGAAGCGAUCAAAUGCUACAAACAAGCUUUGCGAAUCGAUGCCGAUAAUUUGCAAAUCCUUCGAGAUCUGAGUUUGCUCCAGAUUCAAAUGCGAGAUCUUUCGGGCUUUGUAGUUACACGGCACAACAUCCUAAACCUCAAAUCGAACGGAAAAAUAAAUUGGUUGGCAUUCGCGCUUGCUAAACACCUAACAGGAGAUUUGCGAGGAGCAAUUUCAGUUAUUGACAUAUAUUUGGGAACUCUCAACGACGAUGCUCCCGAGAAGUCGCCUGGGUUUGAAGCCAGCGAACUUGCCUUAUAUAAGAAUCAAAUCCUUGCAGAAAUCCCGAACAAUCACAAAGAGGCUCUCGAUCAUUUGAAUGAGUGCGAGAAGGUUGUUGUGGAUCGUACAUCAUUGCUCGUUACUCGGGCUAUUUACCAGUACAAGCUCGGUCAGUUUGCACAUGUGAAGAAAACGGUGAUGGACAUAUUUGACCGGGGGUUGAUCGAAAAUUUCAGAAUCCAUUCCAUGUACAUGUGUGCAACGCUAGAACUGGACGAUAAUAUAUUGGAAGACGCGAUGAAACUUCACGGAACAAGAUCAUUAGCAUCGAUGAUACCGUUGACGGAUGAUCAAAAGAAAAUACUUUUGGAGGCUUACAAGACAGAGAUUUAUCCAAAUUACGAAAAAUCCAAAGCCGUAACGAGAAUACCCAUGAACUUGGUGACCGGUGAUCGCUUCCGUAGUUCCUUGGACAUUUUCAUGCGCAAACAACUCGUCGGGGGUGUUCCAUCUCUAUGCAAAGAAUUAAGUUCCUUCCUUCUUGUUGAAAAAGAAGGAAAGUACGAAAUUGCGAGUGAUCCCGUUGACGUAAAGCAGCAUUCCACGUAUGCUUUGAUUUGUGAACUUGUCGAUGGCUACAUUUCGACACUGAAAUCAUCCAACAAACUAUUAAAAGAUGACGAGUUUGAGGAGCCACCAUCUACUGAGCUAUGGGCGUUGUAUCUAAGGGCCGGACUUCAUGAACUGGCCGCGGAAUAUUCUGAAGGAAUCGCGCUUUUGGAUCAGUGCCUCGAGCACACUCCAACUGCAGUUGAUGCCUACGAAUUGAAAGCUAGACUUAUCAAGGCGGCAGGUGAUAUGAAACUAGCGGUAGAGGUCAUAGAUGCGGGACGUGAUUUGGAUCGCCAGGAUCGUUACAUCAAUAAUCAAACAACAAAAUACAUGCUCGAAGCCGGAAUGGAAAAGGAGGCACUGGAUCGGAUUUCUAUGUUUACAAAGCAUGAUGGCAACCCAGAAGUGAAUUUGUACGAAAUGCAAUGUUCGUGGUAUGAGCUUGGUCUUGCUGCGUCUUUUGCCACAAAGAAAGAAUGGGGGAAAGCCCUCAAAAAGUAUUGUAAGUGGGUUGUUUUGAAGAUUUGAUACUUGUGAUCGAAUUCAAAUUCUAUUUCGGUGUCAUCAUUUGGUCAUUUGGUUGCAUAAUUUCUAAUUUUUACUUUUCGAAUGCCUUUUGCGAUAGCUGCUGUUGUGAAGCAUUUUGAUGAUUUCCACGAGGACCAAUUUGACUUUCAUUCCUAUUGCGUCAGAAAAGUAACAUUGAGAGCUUAUACCGAUGUGCUGAAAUUCGAAGAUAAUUUGUGGGGCGAAGACUACUAUUAUACCGCCGCAGAAGGCAUGAUCAAAAUCUACUUGUAUCUUCACGAUAACCCUGAAACUACAAAGGAAGAUGCAGAACCAGACUAUUCGAAAAUGACAGCAGCACAACGGAAGAAAGCGAAAGCUAUCGCCCGAAAGAAGCGAGCAMAAGCCGAGAAAAAAGAAGCCGCAGAAAAGAAAAAGAGAGAACAGCAGGAAGCUGAGAAUGGAGACCAGAAAAAUGGACCGAAAAAAGGAGCUAGACCAUCUUUCAUCGACGAAGAUCCAGAUGGUAAAGAACUGGUCAAAUUAGACCCAAUGAACGAGGCCAAAAAAUAUUCCUCGAUUUUAUCGAAGCACUGUCCAAAGCGUAUCGGCACGUGGUCACUUCAAUACGACGUUGCAAUUAGAAGGAAGAAAGUUUUGUUGGCGCUCCAAGCCCUUCUGCGGAUGAAAAAUCUUGACUCUUACAAUGCGGAAUACGUUUCGAGGUUAGUUGACUUUGCUUUGAAGGUUCCAGAAAUUGAAAUGGCAGGGGCUGUGAAGAAUGUUGUCACGGACGAAUGCUCCAAACUUUUGAACUCAAAAUCUGUGGGAAAUCUGGUGACGGAGCUCGCAGCAGAGGCACGUUCAGAUCCAUCCACACCAUUGCUUCUUCGUAUUGCAAUCGCGGAGGGCCUGGUUCGAACCAAUUCAGAACCCAUCUCCCAAGCAGUAUCCUUAAUUGUUGACGUAGGAACAGAUAUGCGAGGAUUUGAUAUUGAAAGCUGUCGGUCCGCCCUUGCUCUACUAAAUGGAUUUGGGGACGAGGCAUCUGCAGCUACCGAACAAUGGAAGAGUUUCGUGAAAGAACAAUUUCCAAUUGCGAAGAACUUUUAGCUAACUACUAAUUAAGAUGUUUAUAGAAA